AUCUCCAACAAACCUAAACUGCCUUAACCAUUUCCUACUGAUCUAGAAUCACAGAUCCUCCAAUGGCCGCCGCUUCCAUUUCUGCGGCUGGAUUGAAGUGCUCGAGCUUCCAUGGCGGCUGGGGAACCUCCAUGGCGGGCGAGGACUACGCGGCGCUGGCCAAGUCAGCGACGAGCAGCGGCUCUGUCAGGGUUGGGAAGCCGGCGAGGCUGCAGCCGGUGAUGAAGAAUGUGAAUGAAGGGAAGGGCUUGUUUGCUCCAGCAGUUGUUGUCACUCGCAAUAUCAUUGGGAAGAAGAGGUUCAAUCAGAUAAGAGGCAAAGCCAUUGCUCUGCACUCCCAGGUGAUCACGGAGUUCUGCAAGUCAAUAGGAGCAGAUGCAAAGCAAAGACAGGGACUGAUCCGAUUGGCAAAGAAGAAUGGAGAAAGGCUGGGCUUCCUUGCUUGACCAAUUGGCAAUUGCCAUGGGGGGAAUGGCUCUUUCUACAGAAUACAAUUUACUUACUUUUUGUCCAUUGGAAUGGAGACUAUAGGUGUAAUUCCUUUUACUUUUGUGCCAUUUACAUCAUUCACUCUGAACCUUUAGUAAAUAAAAGCACAGAUUUCUUUC